CCAGCACGCUCAACACAUCUCUAUUAGCCAUCGUUGCACCCACAUGCGUGCCUGUCUGUGUUGCAGGUAAACAGGCUCGAUAGGAAACUCUUCCGCUGGUGUUUUUGGUUCCGACAUACUAACAUGGCGUCCGCCGUGCUGAAGGUUGCAGUGGCAGGUCUUUCCAGAUGUUCUGCUCUCACGCUCAUGAGGGCACAUUCAACGACAGCCCCCAUACCUGGAUCCCUGUGGAAGCUGGGGAGGCUGAACCACAUUGCCAUUGCUGUCCCCGACAUGGAGAAGGCCACGGCUCUGUAUCGGGAUGUGCUCGGGGCCACAGUGAGUGACAAGGUGCCCCUGCCCGAGCAUGGUGUUUACACAGUAUUUGUGGAGCUCGGAAACACUAAGCUGGAGCUUCUCCAUCCUCUGGGGGAGAAGAGCCCGAUUGCGGGCUUCUUACAGAAAAACAAGUCUGGAGGGAUGCACCACAUUUGUAUCGAGGUAGACGACAUUAAAGCUGCAAUAGUGGACCUCAAAGCAAAGAACAUCAGAACUCUGUCGGCAGAGCCGCGGAUCGGCGCUCACGGGAAACCAGUGAUGUUCCUCCACCCUAAAGACUGUGACGGUGUGCUGGUUGAGCUUGAAGAGGCAUGAACACCUCAGUUUGACGUUGGAGCCGUUCAUUCACGAUAAUAUUUUCCUCAGGCAGUCUGAUAAUAAAUCCUGAUUUUGUAAUAUCAGUCUUUACAACACUAUGGUUUAAUUUUUCCUAUUUCAUCAAUGUGCCUCAAAGUUGUUCCUCCAGUUCUGUUUUCCACUUUCCUAUUGUGUUGGGAAAAACAUAAAUAAAUACCCAUUUUAUAAUGA